AUGUCGAGUCCAUCGGUCGUCUUCAAUCGCGGCUUGAGAUAUACCAAAGUUAAACGAGUUUCUAUUCCAGUGUCUGCUCCAACGGCCUUUCCGGGGCCAUUAUCACCGGUAGCAUCGACCUUGUUCUCUUUAUUCGCGACUCCAUCGCCCCAGUCAUCUCUGGCAUUAUCGGGGGCGUAUUCAACACCUUCGACUUUCUCUAUUAGGCCGUCGACGUUGCUCGACCCUCCGGAGAAGAUCCACCCGACUAUCUCGCUAACUCCGGAGGUUCAAGUCACCUCUCCGCCGAAUGUUGGCGUUUUCCCUCCUACGCCAGUGGCAUCAGAAACCCCGUAUACAGGAAAGACAAAGGCAGAUACAUCAACACCUACCGUCGAUUCCAGGAUAUUCGGGGCCUCUCAUAAUGCAUCGUCUUCUAUUGGCACAACAUCUUCGGCGACGACAACAGCAGGGACAGGAUCCGCUGGGUACGGCUCGACUCAAAACACAGAUGGUCUUAACAAAGAUAAUCUUCCCGGCGUAAUAGUUGGGAGCAUACUGGGUGUGCUUGGCUUCAUUGCAUUUGUUGCUUUAAUAUGCUUCUUUCUACUCCGGCGCCGGCGACGGGUGUACGGCGAUACCAAGAGUCUAAGCUCGAAUGGAAAACUUUCGCGGAUUGAUCGGAAUUCUGUUCCCACCCUGACCAGCUGGGCACCGCGUCACCAUUCAGCGUUCUCCUUCCACGCCAGUCCGGCAUCCGGGCAAUCACCGCCCAACCGUAUCCAAUUUACACAUACGCCUGAAUUAACACCUCCAAAACCAAUCCUCUUCCACAACCCGUUCUCCAAGUCCACAGAAGCCUGCAUCGAGGCACAACUCGACAACCGGAGUCCCGGCACCAUACCACUCAACCCCUUCGCAGACCCAACCUCCCCAAAUAACAACACUACCACCGCCAACACCAGCCCAACAUGGAAACAAAUCCGCCCCUCAAAACCAAACAUCAUCGAAUGGCAACCACAAGGACACAACAGCCUCGUCAUCCCGCGCUCCCUAUACGGUAGCGACCACAGUCUGGGCAGUACAAUCAUACUCCCUGGUCGGAAUAGCUCCGUUGGCAGUCUGCAGGUGAUCAGCUAUCGGUUAUCGAGUCCGAGUGCUACGUCUCCAAGAGUAAUCGAUCUAUCAGCGAAGAGAAUUAGUGCAAGGAGUGCAAGGAGUGCAAGGAGUGAUCCGUUUGAUUUAGAGGUCCCUGUGGAUGCGGUGCAUUCACGGGCGUAA